UUCCACACUUGAAUCCAGGGCCCGGAACUAGAAGGAUCUGUUCCAAAUUUAAAAAAUAAUUAAAUUAAAAAAUAUAUUUUUUGACAAUGAGAGUGUUGUGUGUAGUUUUGAUAGUAGCUGUGGUAGCAUGUGGGGCGGCGCCGGGGGUGAACGAAGAGGAGGGGAGGAUUGAGCUGUUUUCAGGGGUUGCUAUUGAGAGAGAUGCUACUGGUGAAGAUAAAUUGAAUGUGAAAUUCGAACCUGGUGAACUGAGAGAAGCCGCCAGAACUUUUGAAGAAGCUCGAGGCAAGAUCAAGAAGUACACGCCCCUCCUAGCAGGGAUAGGCGUCAAGGUGGUAGCCGUGUUGGGAAUCUUGUUCGGAGGUCUAACCCUGCUAGUCACAAAGGCCCUGGUCGUCGCCAAACUAGCUUUCCUUGCCGCUGCGGCUUUGGGCAUUCAGAAACUGCUUAGUGGAGGAGGCCUCAACAGCAUUAGUGGCAAGAUCGCAGGAUUCCAGUCUUCACCCCAGCAGUGGUCAUCCCCUACAGCAUCAGCUGGCACCUACCCCUACGCCAGGUCAUCCAGCAUAGCCCAGGACGCCAACGAUUUAGCCUACAAAGCCCAAAUAGCCUCCUAAGUAGCCUAUACUUAUAUCUAAGGGAAAAUGCAAUCUUAAGUCAUAUGAUCGGAUAGGUUGAAAUUUAUUUAUUUAUUAUUUAUUUGCUUUUUACGAUGAAUAAACAGUAUAUUAAUAGCGGUAGGUAAACUAAGAGUGGUUUGCACCAAUCUUUAACGUUGACUUUAACAUGCGCAACUGCGGUUUAGAAGUUGUUUUUAGGUAGGUACGAUACAUGAAAUUUGGGCCACAUCAAUGUUGUACUUUUGCAAAAAGUUUCGAGCAAUCAAUGGAAUUACGUUUAUCAAUUAAAAAUUACGAAAAUUUCUUUGUCACUUAAUUAAUACUUACUUAAAAUGUUGCAAUAAACAGACGGUUCCCACCGCGAAAUUUAGAGUUUAAUUGCCAUGAUUGAUUUAUAAAUUAGGUAGAUAAAACUACAUUCAAAAUGUAUGUAACCCCCGACUCAGAAGUUGCUGGUCAUCAUCACUAGAGCUGACGGUUUUCAAACGGCUGAAGGCACAUUUUCCAAUCAUAGCACAUCAUAUUUUCUCUUUUAUAUAAUAAAAACUAGAUCAAGAUCGGUUCAGCCGUUUGGCUAUUACGAUGCCACGGACAGACAUACAGAUACACAGACAUGUCAAACUUAUAACUCCUCUCCUUCUGUCGUCGGGGAUUAAAAAUAUCAAUAGGUACGUUCUUUUUAAACCUAAAUUAGAAAUUACUUCAUUUUCUUCUUUAUUUAUUUAAAAUUUAAAGCAUAAAUUAUAAUUAAAUCGAGAUGAUUAAAGAUACAUUAUUGUAUAAAAUUAUACUAGGUAUAUUUAAUUCCAAUGAUCUUGUAGAUUUUAAACUUUUUAUUAUAAUUAUUUACCUUAUUAAUUUACACCCAUAAUAAUGUGUAUUUAAAAAGAUGUAAGCUUUAAUUCUUUUUUUUUGUAUUUAAUUGAAAGCUGAAAAUUGGUGCAUGAUAUUUAAAUAUUUUUUUAUGUGUAUACAUAUAAUAUACAUAUGAAAUAUUUUUUAGUGUUACUGAACUUAAGCAUCUUGAAAAUGAACAGUAAUUUAGAAAAUGGUUUUGUGCCCAUCAGUAAUUAAAAAAGUGUUUUACAUGAUUUAAAAUAUGUUUAUAUAAUUACAUACUGGACAGAAAUAUAAAUAAUUGUAUUUUUAUUUCUUUUAAGUUUUUUGUUUUCAGAAGAAAAAUUUGUUUUGAAUUUAGAUGUAUUUAGAUUAUAAAUAAAUAAAAUAUGAAUCAUUUGUACAAAUAACAAAAAAUGAAUGGAUACUAACAGGGUCAAUAAAAAAAUAAAUAAUUGACAUUAUAAUGUUCAGUUUAAUUAUAAAUAAUGUAUUACGGGUUUAUGUGUGUCAUAGUGAAUAAACCAUACUACUAUUUCAUAAAUAAAAAAUACAAAUAAGACUGUAUCUGUAGC